AUGGCUGAGGACAAUCACACAGUUGUGAGGGAGUUCAUUCUUAUGGGAUUCAGAGGGUCCCUGAUGCUGAAGAGAAUACUUUUUGUGCUAUUUUUCGGCAUUAAUCUCACCACAUUAAUGGGCAAUCUGGGGAUGAUGGGAUUAGUCAAAGUGGAAUUCCAACUCCACACCCCAAUGUACUUCUUCCUCAGUAACUUAUCUUGUGUGGAUUCCUGCUACUCCUUGACCAUCGCACCCAAGAUGCUGGUGAAGUUCUUAGUGGAAAAGAAAACCAUUUCACUCAGUGUAUGUGCUACCCAGCUGUGCUUCUUCAUCAUUUUCACCACAGUGGAUAUCCUGUUCCUGGCUGUCAUGGCUUAUGACCAUUGCAUCACCACUUGCAACCCUCUGCUUUACCCAGCGAUGGUGUCAAGGAAGACAUGCUUCCUACCAGUGGCGGGUUCCUUUUUAGGAGAGAGCCUGAGUUCUCUGAUCCACACCACCUUUAUCUUCCAGCUAUCCUUCUGCCACUCCAACAUCAUCCGCCAUUACUGCUGUGAUAUCCCUCCUCUAUUAGCCCUCUCCUGCUCUGACACCGAGUCAUCGAAAUCCUGA